GGUUUACUAACAUUGGAAUACAACUUCUGAUUAACAUUAUUUAGAAAGACGUAUUCUUUAGUAUAACCUUUAUGUUCUUUUUCUUAUUUAAAGAUCAGGCCUUCUGCAAUGAGUAAGCGUAAGGCAAAGGAGAGUGGUGGAGCAAAUGGAGAAUGCAUUUCACAGGCGCAGAAAAUCUUACGUGAAAGAUUCUGUCACCAUUGUGCUGCUGGAAAACUGUUUGGGAUUGAACAUCAGUACCGACAUCUGCUGGAUCUGCUGAAACGGACUACAGUUCAUGGAGAAAGUAAUUCUGCCCUCAUUAUUGGACCCCGAGGAUCAGGAAAGACUGCGUUAUUAAAUCGUGUCUUAAAAGAGCUUAAGGAAAUGAAACAAGUUAGAGGGAACCUCUUGGAAGUUCGUCUGAAUGGGCUUCUGCAGACUAAUGAUAAAGUGGCCCUGAAGGAAAUCACCAGACAGUUGAACCUGGAAAAUGUAGUUGGGGAUAAAGUUUUUGGCAGUUUUGCUGAAAAUCUUGCGUUCCUUCUUGAAGCUUUAAGGAAGGGAGAUCGAGCUAGCAGUUGUCCAGUCUUGUUUAUACUGGAUGAAUUUGACUUGUUUGUUCAUCACAAGAAUCAGACGCUGCUCUAUAACCUCUUUGAUAUAUCACAGUCAGCCCAGACUCCAGUAACAGUUAUUGGACUUACAUGUAGGCAGGAUAUUCUGGAGCUCUUGGAGAAGAGAGUAAAGUCAAGGUUCUCUCACCGACAGAUAUAUUUGAUGAAUUCUUUUGAUUUUAAACAAUACAUUAAGAUAUUCAAGGAACAGCUUGCUCUUCCUGCUGAAUUUCCUGAUGAGUCUUUUGCACAGAAAUGGAAUACUAAUGUUCAGCAUCUCUCAGAGGAUAAAACUGUGCAGGACGUGCUGCAGAACCUUUUUCGCUACAGUAAAGACCUGCGCUCACUUCACUUGCUCUUGAUGCUCGCUGUAAGUAAUGUUACUGUGCAUCACCCACUUGUCACUGCAUCAGAUCUCCAUGAAGCAAGCAAGCAGUAUCGAACGGACUCAAGAGCAAAUAUUGUACAUGGUUUGUCUGUCCUGGAAAUCUGCCUAAUUAUAGCUAUGAAACACUUGAAUGAUGUUUAUGAAGGAGAACCCUUUAACUUCCAGAUGGUUUACAAUGAAUUCCAGAAGUUCAUACAGAGGAAGGCACACUGUAUGUACAACUUUGAAAAGCCUGUUGUCAUGAAGGCAUUUGAACACUUAUUACAGCUGGAAUUAGUAAGGCCAAUAGAAAGACCAAAUAUACGUGCUCAGCGCGAGUACCUCCUGAUGAAGCUGCUGUUGGACAGUACUCAGAUCAUGGAUGCCCUGCAGGCGUACCCCAACUGCCCUGUGGAUGUGAAGCAGUGGGCAGCCUCAUCACUCAGCUGGCUCUGAACUUUCUGGAGCUUGCAGCAUCACUUUCUGCAUCCAAGCUUUUUGAGUUGAGUAUGAGCUGCAGCAGAGGGCACAUCUUUCCACAGGAGGUAACUUUUUGGAAGAAGCUUUACUGAUUGAUGGGGGAGAACUGCUCCAAUGUUAUGUUCUGAUGGCCGUAACAGUGAUGAAGGGGAAUGCUCUGGCUGUUUACCUCAGCUCGGUGCCAGCUUUUCCUCUGGUGCAGAGUUUCCACUUCAUAUAAAUCUUGACUUCCUUGGUCUGGGAUUGACUGUGUCAGGUGCUGCCUUGGGGCGCACCACCCCGAAUGCCUGUGGGUCUGGCUUAAACCCCAAGGCACAGUUAUCUCUCAAAUGCUGUUUGAAGCUCAUACUUGGUGUACUUUUUCUUCUCAAAUUUGACUUGAUGCAGAAAACUUAUUAAUUAUCCUUUAAUGACAACAAAUGGUGUUCUGGGGUGAAGUACAACCUGCCUUAUCCAGGUUACUCAGCUGUUUCUGCAGGGUACAGCCUGCAGGGCCUGUGUCCCCCUGUGGUGGGGCAGCUCUGAAACACCAGCAGAUCCCCCCAGAGAGCUCCUGCAGGCUCUGUGGCUCAUUGCUGGGGAGAGAAAUCUGUCUGGCAGCAGGGGGAGGGAAGGCUUUGCCUGGAAGGUACGUGCUACUGCAUAUGUACUUGAGUGAUACCUGUCAGAAGUACACUUCCUCCCCGGUAAGAGCUACCAUUGGUUUGGUACCACAACAUGUCAUGAAAAGCCUUGCUGCAAGGAUAGCACAAACUGUAAAUAAAAAAGUUGCCACAAGA